AUGCACGACCCUAUUUCUCGUUCACUCUUUCAUCCAAUCAUCUUCUACAUUCCACCAAUUGCCAUCAAACACCCGUCACCCCAUCCAACAUGCCAUCAUUCACAUCCAGCCACCAUCAACCAACAGCUGAUAGCCGGCGAUAAGUUCAUCAUCUUCUCCCAAGAAUACUCCAUUACCAUCAUCAUUGCCACCCAUGCUCCCUCUUCAUUGGCUUCACCUUCACCAACACCAUCACACCUGCAACAAGCAACCAAAUCACCAUCCUCUGGUGAUUCAAAGCUAUCAGAUAAUAACAAUGCUAACAGUAGAAUUGUUGGUGCUUUCACAGUGUUAUUACAAGUCUGAAAGUAUUCAAAUUUGCUGAUUUAAAAAAGGCUAAAAGAAAGUUUAGUUAAGAUUUGGGUAUAGAUGAUUUCGGAUUCAGUCCAUUCACGCCAUCCAGAAACGAAGCAGAGAUUGGGAUAGAGACCUGCACACAUAGUUGGAGCAUCGAUUGG